AUGUUACCGGAGGACCGCGCCAUUGCCUCCUCAGCCCCGGACGCGCUCGCCAUGAUGGUGAAAACGGGCCUGAAGCGCGGUGAAGUCGACCCCUUCACCAAGCUUUUUCGCGCUCAGAUGCUCGACGGCGUCUACGAGGAGGACGACAUUGCGAAAGCGUCAAAUCUGAAGGACGUGAAUGGUCGCAGCGUGGGCAAGGAGGAAAUUGUGGACGCGACGACUCAGGUGAACGCAAUGCAGAUUGGAAAGGGCAAGAACAAAAUGAAGAUUGGAUGGGGCAAGAAGAAACUCUGCAGCAAAAGCGCUGCUGUCUGGAGCCCUGCUGUUGCUGCCCCUUGUCUUGCUGCACCCUGCUUGCACUGCACCCUUGCUCACGAGUGGGGAGCAGCAGCAGCUAACAGGUUGCACUUGGAUAUCAUGAAUCUUGUCUUCAUCUCGUAG